GCAAAAGCAUCCGAAUUUUCUAGACUUUGGGUCAACGACGUCAAACCCAGAGAUGCUCCAGAUUUUGAUCGGUCAACGCCAGCUGCUUCCCCAAUUUUUAGACUUUGAAUUCGAAUCAGAAUUAGGGAUUCGUUUAUGAAGAGGCUGAGGCUACUGAGCUGAGCUGAGCUCCUGGAAUUUGUGAGGGAAAUAGACGCAGUGAUGUCCGCCACCUCGGGCUCUGCUUCUGUUUGGCUAUUUCUGCUGUUUGGUUUCCUUCAACUCCUUAAGCUCUCUGGCAACGUUGAAGGUGACGCAUUGAAUGCGUUGAAGAGCAAUUUAAUUGAUCCUAACAAUGUUCUCCAAAGUUGGGAUCCCACUCUCGUCAACCCCUGUACAUGGUUUCAUGUCACUUGUAAUAGCGAAAACAGCGUUACGCGAGUUGAUCUUGGCAAUGCCAAUCUCUCUGGUCAAUUGGUGUCACAACUUGGUGUUCUUUCCAACUUGCAGUACUUGUAA